CCCUCUUAGCUUGCAAUUGCAUGAUGAAACAAACAAUAGACUAUUUUACAGUUUAUUAAUUUAGUUUAUUGACAGUUUUGAUUAAAGAAAAGAGAACACGUAUCUACUAUAAGUACAAUUUAGUAACAGCAUUUGAGAACUCGGGGCUUUUCUCAAAGCAAACGUUAAUCCUAAUUUUUUUUUUUUUUUAAAUCUGAUACAUAAAACAUUACAUGAAGAAUAAAUAAAUAUAUAGUAUUUAAAUAAUCAAUGACAUUUAAUACUUUAAAGUUAAGACUUUUGUUUUGAAAGGAAAACGUUUGCAACCGGAAGUGUCGGUAUUGUUUUGUUUAAGUUUCCUUGAUGACAACAGUCAGAGUCGGGGAAUGUACCUUGGCUGAAGUUUUGUGUUACAUAUUUUUUCCCCCAACGUACUUUGUGAAAUGGACACAAUAAUAGACUUUGCUGUUGUGAAGUAACACGAGAUUGGACGACACAAAACGACUCAUCUCCUGUGUCAGAACCUUUGCAUCAGCCACCUCAACAUCCUUCGUCAAAUCCUGUUCAAGCACCUCAAGAUGAUGUUCUCGCCAUUAUGUCCUAGCAGCGAGUAGUCCCUGCUCCGUCCAUCAACCCCACUCAUUCUCUGCGUCCCCUUUCCCUUUGGCCCUCCUUAUCAUCGCCCCUGAUGUGGUGAUCCUCCGGCCGCACCCCUUCUAGCAUCAUGAGCAGUUUUCCUCAGCAUCCCUAUGGCAGAUCAGGCUCAGAGCGUGACCUUCACUCUGCUGCCUCCUCAGUCAGCCUUCCCUCUGUGCGAAAGACUCCUAAGAAGCGCCGUCUGUCUCUCCACUCUCUCUUUGGUAGAAGGCGCCGACCUGACCGUGACCCCAGGCGAAAAUCGAAGGCGUCGCAGUCAGGAAGUGGCGCAGAUGGGAUCGUUAGCAAUGAAAGCAUACAGUCGGAGACUUGUCACGACAGAACGUCAACCUAUUCUCCACUAGAAGUGGCCUCGACCUCCUCAGGCUUUCCCCCAGAGCUGUUGGAGUGCCCUCUGUGUUUGCUGCGUCUGCCACGCGAGCGCUUCCCGGACAUCAUGACCUGUCCCCACCGAUCCUGCGCAGACUGUCUGCGGCAGUAUUUGCGCAUUGAAAUCUCUGAGUCGCGGGUCAACAUCAGCUGCCCCGAGUGUUCAGAGCGCUUCAACCCCCACGACAUCCAGAUGAUCCUGGGAGACCGAGCGCUCAUGGAAAAGUACGAGGAGUUCAUGCUGAGACGGUGGCUGGUAGCCGAACCGGACUGCCGCUGGUGUCCUGCCCCAGAUUGCGGCUAUGCGGUCAUUGCUUUUGGCUGCGCCAGCUGCCCAAAGAUCACCUGUGGGCGUCAGGGCUGUGGGACCGAGUUCUGCUACCACUGCAAACAGUUGUGGCAUCCCAACCAAACAUGCGACACUGCACGUCAGCAGAGAGCCCAGAACCUCAGGCUGAGGGCUUUCAGGUCAUCGUCUCUCAGCUACAGCCAGGAAAGCGGAGCAGCAGGUGAUGACAUCAAACCGUGCCCUCGCUGCUCGGCCUACAUCAUCAAGAUGAAUGAUGGGAGCUGUAACCACAUGACCUGCGCCGUCUGCGGCUGUGAGUUCUGUUGGCUCUGCAUGAAGGAGAUCUCCGACCUGCACUACUUAAGUCCAUCAGGCUGCACCUUCUGGGGAAAGAAGCCCUGGAGCAGGAAGAAGAAAAUCCUUUGGCAGCUUGGCACCUUGGUGGGCGCGCCUGUGGGCAUUGCCCUCAUUGCCGGCAUCGCCAUCCCAGCAAUGAUCAUUGGCAUCCCGGUGUACGUCGGCCGAAAGAUCCAUAAUCGCUAUGAGGGCAAGGACAUCAACAAACACAAGAGGAACCUGGUGAUCGCUGGUGGCGUCACGCUGUCGGUGAUCGUGUCACCUGUAGUUGCUGCGGUCACAGUUGGCAUCGGCGUUCCCAUCAUGCUUGCGUACGUCUACGGAGUGGUGCCCAUUUCCUUAUGCCGGAGUGGCGGCUGUGGAGUUUCUGCCGGAAAUGGCAAAGGAGUGCGGAUCGAGUUUGAUGAUGAAAAUGAUAACAUAGGCAGUGGGGCAGUAGCAACAGACACGACUUCAGUGGCGGAGACUCGACUCAAUAAUCCGAGCCUCGGCGACGCGGCGAGCGUUGGUGGUUUAACAGGCCUGAGCGUGAGCGGAAGCCACAUGGAACGCUGCGGCGUGAGCACCGCUCAGCGGGACAACAUGAGCGACAACGCCAGCACCACGGCCCUAGCCGGGACCAGCAUCACUGGCAGCCUGUCUGGCAGCUGCUACAACAGGAUGGAGGUGCAGGCCGACGUCCAGAAAGAGCGCUGCAGUCUGAGCGGCGAAUCGGCAACCGUCAGUCUGGGGACUAUGAGUGACAACGCCAGCACAAAAGCCAUGGCGGGAUCUAUCCUUAAUGCCUACACGCCUCUGGAAAGGGAUAAUAGUCUGGAGGUGCAGGCAGAUGUGGAGUCAAAACACCGAAAGGUGAGACACGGCAGCGCCAGCAGCAGCCUGGAUGAAGCCAACUGCAUCGACAGCAGCACUGCGGGGGUUAAAAGAGCCAGCAGUCUCUCCGGCUGCUGCUGCGCUCAGCCCAGCAACUCCUGCUGCACCUCUGAGGAGCCUUCAACCUCGGGGGGUAAAACCUCCAAGAGUCAGCUUUGGAAGAGCAGCAGCAGCGAAGAAGAGACGAAAGUGAACGAAACGCAUGGAGACGUGGACACGCACCACCUGGAGCAGCGCAGCACAAACUCCUCCGAGUUUGACUCGCCGUCCUUGAGCGGCAGCCUCCCGUCCGUGGACGACUCGCACUGGAGCUGCUUUUCAGCCGAGCACUUCUCUUCAUCGCCGCUUUCCUCGCCGAGAGAAGGAAGCAGCAACACCUUCCUGUACAUCAACGAGGAGAGCGUCGGCGACGUUGUGGAGGCACUGCCGAGGAGGCACAACCCAGAAACUUCCAGAAACAUUUCUGCACAUCCUGUGAGCCCAGUGAGGAAACACUGUAUACAGACAGACAUCUGAGGGGGGGGGCACUCAGCUCGCCUUAAGACCUAAUGUCCACCGUCCACUGUCAGGGCUAGAAUGUUAGUCUUUGAUCACAUGAGGUCGCCGCAGAAGUGAAAGAGGGAUGCAAGUUCUCAGAAGGCCGGUUAAGGAAAGUAGAGGUCAGUUAGGAAAGGAUCAGAACCGAUUUUUGUCAAGUAGAACUGAACGGACCUGGAGUAAGUCGAGUAAGUGAGGUGAUGUGCUGAGGCACAACCAGACCAAAACACUGAAGUUUCUGCUUUAAAAACAGAAAAGAAACUGACCCCAUCCAAUGGUUUGGAGCUAGUAAUCUGAGGUGCUUUGACCUAACCGAAAUCUUUUCUUCUUUUAGCCGUCUAAAAGAAAACAGUCUGGUUUCUGUCCUACAUUGUUCCACCUUCAUUCUUUUGAUCCGUCCGUUGAGUUUCUGGGAGGGACCACUUGAUAAAGUAGCAGAAAUAUAUUUUCUAUAAUCAAACGUUAAUUCGUAGAUCCUUUUUACUUAGGUGUUUUUUUUUGGUUGUUUUUCACUUUUUUUUCCUUUUUGGGAAAGUUGAAAUGUUGAAACCCUUUUUAUUGGGUCCAACUUUUUUACUACAUUAUAAGAAAAAAAUAUAAAUAUUUAACUCUUCUAAUACAGUUCGUAACUAACUUUGGCUGCACAGAUUUACAGCAAAUUUAUCAAUCAUAAAGUUGUAUUUAAAAUAUUUAGUAUUUUCAUAUAAUAUAAAUGCAAAAACCUACCAGAUUUGUACACAAAACAACUUUGUUCAUAGUUUUUUUAAAAUAAAAAAAUAAACAACAGAAAGCAGAAAUUGAACCCAAGUCUUUGUAAUAAUUAAAGUAACAAAAUGAGGAAAAAUAUGACCUUUUUAGUGAAAAAGAAAUUCUCCUUAUUUCAAAAAGUCUUUUUUUUUAGUUGUGAAUGUAAAGUCUUGAUUCUCAUUGUGUAUAUAAAUGAUUUUAUUUUAGAUCUUCACAUAAACCACAAAAUGUUUUUUGCUGAAGAAUGAUGCAGGUAAUUUUAUAUAAAUCAAGCCUAUUGUGCCUUUUGGGGGAAGCUUGCUGUGUAUAGUUUCUAUUUCUCUUGUUUGUGGUUUUGUCGAAAUUAGACAAAAUCAACAGAGAAUUGAUUUAUAUUUGCCUCAGAAAAUGUUAUAUAUGAUCAAACAUGAUGUAUUUACUUGCAUCAGCUGGUGUAAUCUACCAAAGACUAGAAUUAAACCAGCAGAACUUUUUUUUUGAGUUGAAAGCACCUAAAAGUAUGUUUUUUGUUUUUUUUUUUAUGUCCAUCCCAAACCAUGAAAAAAAAAUCCCCUGAUAAAGCCAAAGUUUGAGUUUUUGUCCACAAAAUGAGCAAAAUUUUGCAAUAAAUGAGUUGACCCGAGACCGCUUUCUGAGUUCUACUCAGCAGUGACACUAAAACCACCUGAGCGGAAGACUUCCUAAAUCCUAAAUCCUGCCAGUUUGAGAUAUUUUUACCCUUUUUGUUUCAUUUUUUUGCCAUGUUUGUAAUUUUGUCAAAAGAGGCAUUUGUAUUUAAGAACAUAUGUCUGAAUUAUGCUUCAAAAUGUGCAAUUAAAUGCAUAUCAUUGAAUAAAAACAUAAAGAAAUCA